GGCGGCGCAUGCGCGCUGCAUUGUUUUGACUGAAAAUGCCGUCGGUUUCGAAAGCUGCGGCGGCGCUGAGUGGGUCCCCCCCGCAGACCGAGAAGCCGACCCACUAUAGGUAUCUAAAGGAGUUUAGGACAGAGCAGUGCUCCCUGUUUUUGCAGCACAAGUGCACCCAGCACAGGCCAUUUACCUGUUUCCAUUGGCAUUUCCUAAAUCAGCGUCGGCGCAGACCUCUCCGCAGGCGCGAUGGCACCUUCAACUACAGCCCGGACGUGUACUGCUCCAAGUACGACGAGGCCACCGGCGUGUGCCCCGACGGCGACGAGUGCCCCUGCCUGCACCGCACGGCUGGGGACACGGAGCGCAAGUACCACCUGCGCUACUACAAGACAGGCACCUGCAUCCAUGAGACCGAUGCACGUGGCCACUGCGUAAAGAAUGGCCUGCACUGUGCCUUUGCACAUGGCCCCUUGGACCUGCGGCCUCCCGUGUGUGAUAUCAGGGAGCUGCAGGCCCAGGAAGCUUUGCAGAACGGCCAGCUCGGUGGUGGGGACGGUGUCCCUGAUCUGCAGCCUGGGGUCUUGGCCAGCCAGGCCAUGAUCGAGAAGCUCCUGGGUGAGGACCCUCGGUGGCAAGAUGCCAACUUUGUGCUGGGCAGCUACAAGACUGAGCAGUGCCCGAAGCCACCGCGCCUGUGUCGCCAGGGCUAUGCGUGCCCACACUUCCACAGCAGCAGGGACCGGCGGCGCAACCCCCGCAGGUUCCAGUACAGGUCCACACCCUGCCCCAGUGUGAAGCAUGGGGAUGAGUGGGGGGAGCCCUCUCGCUGUGAUGGUGGCGACAGCUGUCAGUACUGCCAUUCCCGCACAGAGCAGCAGUUCCACCCUGAGAUCUACAAAUCUACAAAAUGCAACGACAUGCGCCAGACUGGGUACUGCCCUCGAGGUCCCUUCUGUGCGUUUGCACAUAUUGAAAAGAGCCUCGGAACCUCAAGCGACUGGGGCAGCCGUGAUCUCAGCUCCACCAACAGCACCUCAGCCAACAGUGGCCAACCUGGAAAUGCAAAGCAGAGAGAUUCACCUGCUGAAGGCAGCCAGCGGGCCGGUGGGCAGGACGGCCAGCAGAACCACCUCGCUGUGUUCGCAGUGGUCCACCCAAUGGCACCCAGCGUAAGCUCCAGUGUGGCAUCCAGCGCGGGGUCAGGCAGCUCCUCCCCUACAGCCCUGCCAGCCCUCUCUGCCCGAACCCUCCCACUGGGCCCUGCCAGCAGCACGGUUGAGGCCGUCCUGGGUUCUGCUCUAGACCUUUGUCUUGGUGAUGUGAAUGUCACGUCUUUAGAGAAGGACCUAGAAGAGCACAACGGUCACGACCUUGGGCCCACAGGUCCGAGGUCGCUGGCAGGCUCAGCGCCUGUGGCCAUUCCAGGCUCACUGCCCCGAUCGCCAUCCCUGCACUCCUCGUCUUCCCUGUCCACCUCACCGCUCAGCUCACUCUCCCAGUCCCUGCCAGGGCCUCUGGUCUCCACAGCCAUGACACCCCCCAAGCAGCCGCUGCCCCUUCGCUCAGAGCCGGGGGUGCUGGGCUCCUCUGCCUCAUCCUACAGCUCCUUAGGUUUGAAUGGUGUCCCUGGGAGCAUCUGGGACUUUGUUUCUGGUAGCUUCUCUCCCAGCCCAUCCCCUGUCCUGAGCACUGGCCCCACAUCCUUGAGUGCGAGUCCUAAUGGCGCGGAGCUGGCCCGGGUCCGGCGGCAGCUGGAUGAGGCCAAGAGGAAGAUCAGGCAGUGGGAGGAAUCCUGGCGGCAGGUGAAGCAGGCCUGUGACGCAUGGCAGCGGGAGGCUCAGGAGGCCAAGGAGCGAGCUCGAGUGGCGCUGCAGAAGAAGGAGGAGGUGGAGGCCCAGGUCAGGCAGCUGCAGGAAGAGCUUGAGGGCCUGGGCCUGUCUGCCCUACCUGGGCUGCGUAGCUUUGGUGACAUCGGUGCCCUCCCUCUGCCAGAGUUGCACUCCCUGCAGAGUCAGCUGCGCUUGGACUUGGAAGCAGUGGAUGGGGUGAUCUUCCACCUCCACACCAAGCAGUGUGUGGCCUGCCGGGAGCAGCCCCGAGGUGCCAUCUUGCAGCCCUGCCAGCACCAUGUCCUCUGUGAGCCUCAUGUGGCCAGUGCACCUGAGUGCCCCUACUGUGAGGGCCAGCCCCUGCAGUGGUGACUAGUUCUGAGGGAAACACUGCCUCUCCUAGCAAGCAUCACUGGGUAUGGAGGCUCUGACAGUCCCCAUGCACAUGGCAGCAUCAUCACUCCCUCCUGGGCUGACAUCAGAGGGGGACGGGGGCCUUGGGCCCACAGCACCUUGGGUGGUGUCUUCAACUUUCCUGCCCCAUUGAUGGUUUCAAGGUAUUCUUAAAAACCCAAGAAAACCCACAGACACCCCCCCCACCCACCUCUUCCUGAGGGCCAUCACUUUGGUGGAAUGGGUGGGCACCAUGAUCACAGUGAUUUGUGGUCUCAGCACUGUUGUGCCCAGGCCGCAGGGAGUCGAGGUAGAGUCAAAGCACUUUGUAAAGUGAGAAGUUUAGUUACACGUUAUCAAUUGCUCUAAGCUGCUUUCUAGGUUGUUUUUUAAUAUGUGUGAUAUGAAGCUUUAUAUGUGUCUGUGAACUUAAUAUUUCCUAUCAGUGUAUUGUUCAUAGUAUGGUAAAUAUAUUAGAUUUCAUAUCUGAAAUUGAGCAUUUAUCUAGUAAUAAGACUAGGAUUUUUACAGUUUUCAAAUUAAGUGCAAAUAGUAUUUAUAAGCAGAGAGUGAUUAUUGAAAGACAUGUAUACACUUAGAUGUUUUUAAUUUUAUGAAAGGAGCUAAUUUUCCUAAUGUGCUGUUGCACAUGUAACUGGAGUUUCACAUUUCAGUGUCCUAAAGUGACAUUGAGGGCGUUGUCGUGCACUUAUGUAAUCCGUGGCCACUUUUUCUAAGUGCCUAUGCCUUGCAAAGUGAAAGAAACAAUUCAUCUGGUUUUAUUUUUUUUCCCUUGAAACUCUGAAAGAAUUUGACAUUCAUGAAAAAUGCAACAGAAGAGAUCGAAUAUUAUAAGUUUUUAAAAUUAACUUUCUAAGAAACUGUUUUCUGAUUACUUUGUCAGUAGUGGCACUGGUGCUUUGUGACUUCUCAGACACUGCUGGGCCCCUGGCUCAUGCCAGGGGUGGUGGGCUGGGAAUUGGGAAGACAGACCACCUGCAACUCCUGAUGACAUGAGACUCGAGGGGGUGUGUUCCAUAGUCCAGGGCGAUGGUUUGAGCCAACACUGUCACAAUCUAUAUGUAUGUCCAUGUGACCAGCCGAAGGACUUGGUGGCCAAGGUCCCUCAGCCUAGGAGUGACCGCCCAGCCUCAGCCUGCAGCAGAAAUGCUACUGAGAAUAUAUCUCAUGUGGUGACUGGAACCUUCUCUGGUCAGGACUGGGACGUCCCCUAAAACUCGGGGGUGGGGGGGUAGGAGAUGUCUGUGGUUACCCAGGCCCAGUGCUCCAGGAGGCAGAUUUGGACCUGGAGCAGGCUCCAGACCAGCGAGCCCCACCCCCCAGAAGUGAACACUGACACAUUUCUACUUGCUGUGGCUUUGCCAAAGACUUUUAAUAGCAUUUUUCAAAGUGCAAAGUAGGUAAAAAUUUUUAUCAGUGACCAAAUUAGAAUGUAUUUAAUAUAGUAGGAGUUUUAGGAACAUUUUUAAAUGUAAAACAAACUGAUAGAAAAGUUUUAUCAUUUUAAAGGAAGUGGGUCCAUGGCAGUCUGCAGCUAGUCCACUGCUAAAGAUAACUAUGGACUGGGUUUUAGUGAGUCUAGUUUGUUUUUAAUUAUAGUGAUGAUUUAUUAGCUCAGUACCUAGAAAUUACAUAUAUUUUGUGCUACUGUUAUCACUGUUUAAAAUUAUUUUUAUUAUUUAUGCACUUGGUUCCCAUUUCAAACCUUUGGGUCUUCAUUGGGAUAACAGGACAAUGUUCAUUAAUGAUAUCUAGCCUAGACAUUUUCAAAUUAUAAACAGUUAAGGAUAAGUAAGCUUUAGGAGUAAGCUACUCUGGUCAGUUUUUUCUGUGGAAUCUGGCUGGUCUCCAGAGCAUGUCUCCAGUACAUAUUCUGGGGGUGGCUGGGAGAUGGAGGCGGCAGCGCCCACAGGCAUCCCCAAGCACACAUUCAAGAUCAGGACCAAGCUCUGAGGAUACAUGUGCUGUGGGAAGACCAAAGCACUGCCUGGGUGUGGAAUUUCUGAGCUACAAGGGGCACUGUCAGGGUUGGGGGUGGUAGCAGGUGCUGGGUACUGCCCACCUGGGGUCCUUUCCCACUCUAGUUCUUGGCUCUAAUCUUUUGAGGGCUGAGGCCUCUGGGACUGAUCCCAGGUGACUGUGGUGCGUGGGAGGUCCUGGAAGCACCCUCUCCCUUGGCCUCAGAGGUUGAGCUGAAUGAGCUUGGUAUCCUGGGUGGGGGUGGAGAACUGGGUGUAGGCACUGCCGCCAUGCCCUGAUAGGUUACACCCCUGUUCCUGUUACCUGUUGUCUCCCUAGUGUUGAAUCUUAGCAGUAAUAUUAACAGUGUCACAAUGUUCAUGUAACUGGUCAGCAGAUCUUUGUUUGGAUGCUUAAUGCAGAUUAAGUUACGGAAGCCCCCAAUGUUUGUUUCGAGUAUUUAGAUAAGAAUGUUAUUUAAAUGGAACUUUCUUAACCAAGAAGGUAGUAUUUAUAAUGUAUAAUCAUUUACUUGUAGUGAAUUGUUUAAAGUUGUUAACACUUGUUUUUAAGUUUUUUACACUAUAGCAUUUAUGCAAUGGUUUACAGAAUUCAUGGAAUUAUUUUUAUCAGUAUGAGAAUUAAAACGUUGAAUCUUUA